AAUCUUCCGCCAACGGUUUCGUCAGUCUGCUUCGGGACUCGUCGGUGUUAGCACGCGUGAACGGUAGCAGUCCAAAACCGCGCGGUGGACUACUUAGGUACUAUGUGUGCUGGACUACAUCAGCAGUGUCCUGCUGGUGUUUGUGGUGGAGGGUGGUGAAGGUGACGGGGGGAGCUGGAAACGGUUUAACUGUAGCACCAUGUGACACAUUGUGCAUUUAAUGGAAGUUCUUAUUUUUAUGGUGCACCAACAACACAUAAAAACCCAUUGUGGUCAAAAGCGGUUGUAAUUACCGAUUGUGGUCAACGGAUUAUGCAAUGCAGUUUUGGAUCCGGAAUAGAAAGUGUUGGUAGUGCUUGGAUUAGUUCUGAAAAAUGUAGCAAGUGCACUGAUUGCCGAUGAAAUGCAGUGUGCUGUCAAUAUUGGCACAGUUUGUAAUAAAAAUAGAAUAGUUUUUACUCAGUGUAAUUGAACGCCGCAGCUACGGUGAAGAAAACUGUGAAACGACGAAGGCCACCAGCCAGCAUCAGCAUAUAAACGGUUGUGGACUUCUUCUGGCGAGCCAAGGUGGCCGCACGGGCAGUGAAUAUUAUGAGUUAUAAUCAGUGAAGAAAAGUUCUUGCCGUCGCCACCGGAAGGAGGAAGAAAUUGUGGCUAGUAUGAGAAAACGUAAGCGAAUUAAAGUGAGUGCAUCGAGCUGUGAUCGAGGGGGACGCAGAAGAAGAUUGAAGUGAGGUGGCGAGUAUAUGACAAAUGAUCACAAACUGCAGCUGAGCACCGAGUGAGUGUUAGUUCGAAAACAAGGUUGUGAUAUGUGUAGCCUGACAAAAAAAAAGGUUUGUGCAACACAGCAAAUACUCACAGCUCGGUACCCAAGUGGAAGCAGCAGAAGCAGCAGCAGUCAACAGAAAAUGUAAUAUCUUACGUUAUAAGUGCAGAAGUGUGACAAAACCAGUGUAAAUAGCUGGAAAAUAACUUUUCUGGGUGGAAGAUUGGGUUCCAACGAGCAAAAGACUUUCCGCAAUAUCUUGAUGGAAACCGGUGCGAGGAUAGUGAUUGCAUUCGGCACAAUCGACAUGGAACCCCUACUGCUGGCGAAAGGGAGCUGAGAGUUGGUGUCCUAAUCCAUACAUCUCGUCGUAGAUAGAAUCCACUUCAUUAGUUAAACAAGAAAUCCAACCCCAACCCCAAUCGUCAGGAUGACUAUGAACAUCAACAUGGACUCCGACCAUCGGGUCGUGCUCAAUGUGGGCGGUAUCCGUCACGAGACGUACAAAGCGACCCUGAAAAAGAUCCCGGCCACUCGGUUGUCCCGGCUAACCGAGGCACUGGGCAACUACGAUCCGAUCCUGAACGAGUACUUCUUCGACCGGCAUCCGGGCGUGUUCGCGCAGGUGCUUAACUACUACCGAACGGGUAAACUGCACUAUCCAACCGACGUUUGCGGACCGCUGUUCGAAGAGGAACUCGAGUUCUGGGGACUUGAUUCCAACCAGGUGGAACCGUGUUGUUGGAUGACGUAUACACAGAGACACCAUCCAUCGGAGCAAUCCCACCGAUCGACGAGUCGGUCGGGCCUAGCAAAGAGUUCUGCUGGUCAUCGAGGCGACCAGCCGAGGAGUACCGGUCAACGAGAGAACGGUAUCAACGGUGACAUCCUUACCGCCGGUGAGGAUACCAGCCUAUCGAAGAGUCUGUCGGCCGCAGCGAAGCGUCCUGCUGGUCAUUGA